AUGCGCCAUUGUCCAGGUGACGCGUCCUGCGUCUGGACGCAUUCGUCCCAGGACGCAGGACGCGUCUUUCCUAACAUAGGCAUACGGCAAGGUGAGCUGCUGGGUGAAGGCGCGUACAGCAAGGUGGACCACGCCGCGCCAUCACGCUGCUUCCCACCUGCCGCUCCACACUGCCGCGUUUUUUCCCCCCUUGCCACCUCCCCCCAUUCCCGUUGCGUUCUCUCAUGCUCCUGCCUCACUCCUUCCCCCUCCCGUCAUCCCCACACCCCCCGUGGGGCGGGGCAGGUGUUUCUGGGGCUGAACGAGCGCACGGGCGAGCUGAUGGCGGUGAAGCAGAUGAAGAUCAACGCGGGCGACGAGCGCGCCAUGCACAUCGCAGCCUUGGAGCGCGAGAUCGUGCUGUACCGCCGCAUGCGGCACCGCCACAUAGUGGGGUACAUCGACAUGGAGAAGGACCCCUCCGACGGCUCCAUCUACAUCUUCCUCGAAUUCGUCUCCGGCGGCUCCAUCCACAGCAUGUUGGAGAAGUUUGGCAAGUUCAGCGAGUCGCUGGUGCGCGUGUACACGCGCCAGCUGCUGCUGGGCUUGGAGUAUCUGCACCGCUGCAAGAUCAUCCACCGCGACAUCAAGGGCGGCAACGUGCUCGUGGACCGCGAUGGGGUCAUCAAGCUCGCUGACUUUGGGGCCUCCAAGGUGAGGGGACGGUGGGCGAGGGGUGCAAGUCGAAUCCGCGGGUCGGUGUUCUGGAUGGCACCCGAGGUGAUCACGGGUGCGGGGUACGGCCGCAAGGCAGACAUCUGGAGCCUCGGCUGCACCGUCAUUGAGAUGCUCACCGGCAGGUGUGUGAUUGUGUGCCACCCUCAACCCGUAUGCCUGUGCGCCACUCUCAUCCUGUCCCUGUGCACGGCAUGGCACAUGCAUGCAUGCCUCUGUUCCUCCCCUGCCCCGGUGCAGCCACCCAUGGCCGGGCAUGGACAACACGUGGUCGGCCAUAUUCCACAUAGCCAAGACCACCACGGGCCCGCCCACCCCGAGGAGAGCAGUGAGGAGGGCCGUGACUUCCUCGCUGCCUGCUUCCAGCUCGACCCCGCCCUCCGCCCUCCGCCGCCCAGCCACCACCACUGCAGGUCCAUUAGCCCUUGGCUUGCCUGCCUCCCCCACCCCACAUGCUCGUCACUGCAAUGGCUGCAGCCUGCAGAGCAUGUGCACGCUACAACCCCCUUCCAUGCGUGCCCCUCAACGCACCGUGUGCUCAUGAGCUGCUGCAGCACCCUCGCGAUUGUUCCCCGCCUUCUCAUCUGCGUCACCCCGCCCUGCUGCCGCCCAUCCCCACCCACCUGGGAUGCGCACUGCGAUGUGCGCGCGCCACCUGUGCCAAGCAGUGGGGGAACGCUGCAAGUGGCGGGGAGUGAGGCGGGGGAAUGGGGGGGGACGACGGCUGCUGUGGAGGCGGCGGAGGUGGAGGCGGCGGAGCAGGUGGCGUGGCGCGGGUAUUCGCAGUCGAGGGCCAGAGCAGGGGGGCGGAUCCAAUGGCUCCGAUGA